CCACCAUCUAUCGGCCUUUUAUUCUUUCUUUCAUCCCGCACAGCCUACACCUUGGGAACCUACUAAUUAUAUCACUGGGAUUCGGCAAUGGUCAUUUUCUGGGAUUGAUUGCUCUUUGUAGGCAAUCGCUUCGAGGUGUAUGAUUCCCGAGCUUUUCAUCAUUCUGAAGGCAGCAUGACGGACUUUUGGGAAUCGUCAGACUUGGGAUUGGCCGAAGAGAGGGUUCGCUACACAGCAUGGCAGGCACAUGUUGCCGGCCAUGACGCUGCCGACACGAUCGCUGUCCAAAACCUCCAGGUGACAGUCGAGGCAGGCAACGACGCAUGGGGACGCAGGAGAAAUCAGCCCUGUUUGGUCACAGUCAAGAUGCACCUGGCCAAUCCGUUCCUCGCGGCCGCUCAAGCGGACUCGCUGGAUGCCAGUACCGUCCACUAUGGGAUCCUGAGUAAGAACAUUCGAUCCACCAUUGAGACCAGCAAGGGGUCGUACGUCAACACAGAGGCUUUAUUGCGUGACAUCCGCGCAGCUGUCGAGCGGACCACUGGAGCGACUCGGCUGAGGGCUCUCGAACUGGGCAUCUUCUACCCGAAAGGAAGCCUUCUGGGUGAUGGUGCUGGAGCCGUCCUCUGCCAGUCGAAGGAUGCUCGGGGCCACAGGGUCUGCUUAGGGAUGUACCUCAAGAAUGUGCGGAUUCCCUGCAUCAUCGGCGUCAAUGCGAAUGAGAGACAACAGAAGCAACCUGUAGUCGUAAACCUUUGGAUUGACCCCAUCCCCACCCCACUUCUGGACCAACAGCACGCCAUGGAGCGGAGGCUGGUGGAUUUUGUGUCGGAAUCGUCUUUCGAGACGCUCGAAGCCUUGUCGACCCAAGUGGUGGACGAGAUGGCCAAGAUGUUCCAUCAGGUCGACGAUGGCUUCAUCACGCUGCGGGUGGAGAAACCGAUGGCGGUGCCAUUUGCGGAUGGUCCUGUCAUUGAGAUGCGGAGGCGUAUAGCUCGACACAGGCACGAAGCAGAGUGAAGGGGUUCGAGUACCUAGCUACAGUACAGUACCUAGAUAACUCCAACAGAGGUACGCUAACUGCUCCUGGAGAUUAAAGUGUGGACUUCCUCCCUCGCACGUGUUAGCAGGGGUGCUCAGGGGCGUGGGG